CAGCUCGCCCGCAUGGUACAUGCUCGGUUAUAAUAUUGAAUAUUUUUUUAGUUUCGCUAAUUGAACAAACAUGCCAGUUUAUUUACAGUGACGUUGUGUGAAAUUAAUUUACGUACGUACUAUGUCGGUGGAAAACUGCCAUUGAUUUGUACACAGGUGAAUAAAACUAUAUUGUCAAUGUUUCAACUAUUAGACAAAGUUAUAUCGAAACACAUAGUGAUGGCAUUGUUGGGAAUAUUAUACCCUAAAAUUUAUGAACUACAAUUUUCCAUAGACUUAUGAGUUUAUUAUAGAAGCUAACAUGGGUUUAAAAUGAAACAGUGAUUUUAUGUUGAUGGUGACGUGAUUCCACAUAAAUAUGGAUGAGAAUAUACACUGAGUGAAGUGUGAAUCCAUUGUUGCUGACUAUGGAGGGUGCUAUUCUGAGCUCCGCUGGCAACAACAGGUUUCGAACUCAUCUGAAGAAUGCUGCGAGCGCUCUUUGUGCCAGGACGCUGCCGAAGCAGCGGCGCAGUGAGCUGACCUCUACGAGUAGCGUUCGUCAUCACACGUAUCCUCGAGCUACGCCCCCUAAACGGCCAUCAAUCUCCUGCUGUCGGGAACCACUAAUGUGCGACUCACAACAGCAGCCUAAUGCUUACGAGAUUUCAGGAUAUGUACAAUCUGAUGUCACAACAGGAUAUAUACAAUCGGAUGUCACUGAUUUUUCAAUAUCUAAUAAAGCCAAUGGGACUAUCAAAGGAGCUUUCUCGAGGGAAUUGGCGAAUGCCUGGGGUUGCCACGUGGGCCCCCCCGAUCAGCCGGCGUCCGCAGACCGCGUUCAAAACCUCUUCAAUGUCAUCGAACUAUAUCCUACUAAGACACAAGUGUUCGAAAUGUUGGUAUGUGCAAGACAGUGUGCAAGGCGGAAAUCCCUGACGCUGACAUUUGGGGAGUUCUGUAUCUUCGCUGCAGAGCUACGCCGGUGUUCCAAACAGGCUAGACAGAAUUCAACAAAACCAGAGUCACCAGUGUUGACCGUGGAUAAAGAACUCCGCGAUAAAGACAACUUUUGUAAACACUUCAACGGCAGCGAGGCGUCACCUCCGCCAUGCGAGGUCUUCCUGGGCGGGUCCUGCAAUCCUACUACUUGGAGAUCAGACAUAGCUAUUCCAAUGCUGAAAACCAUGGGCAUCACAUAUUUCAAUCCGCAAGUGGACGACUGGUCGACGGAGCUGAUUGAAGUGGAACACAGAGCGAAGGCGGCCGCGCGGGCGUUUCUUUUCGUCCUGGACAGUGAGACACGGGCAGUGGCUGCUAGCGUAGAGGCGGCGCACCUGGCCGCCGCACCAAGGGACCUUUUACUUGUGCUGCGACCCUACACGCGCAAUCAGAAGAUUGGACAUGAAAUGAUCAGUGAACUUGAGUACAUCGAGUUGUCGCGUGCGCGCGCGACAUUGCAAGAAGCAGUGGAGCGGCGCGGGUUGCCCGCUUUCACGGACAUUCCCUCGGCACUGCGAUGCGCCCGGACGGUGCUCCGCGGUGCACGAACACACCCUCGCCACUCCUUAGGACACACCAUCCUACGACUGAAGCGCGUGUACGACGCAGCCGGCGGCAGGAACUGCCGAUUAUCGCGCACGAAAGCCGUCGAAGCUUUGAAGGAAAUGACGCGGGCCCAACACGAAGUCGCGGAUCGCUGCCUGCCUCCGGCCGCCGACUCCGUCGAUUUUGAAAUGUUUUGUGCAGCCGUCGCUGAGCUGGCCGCCGCCGAAACGGGUAAUCAGAGCCGCAGUGAGUACGAGGUGAUUCCGGGGGCGGCAGCCGCACCCGAACGGACCGAGAGCGCGCGGGAAACCAACGGUCUACAAAUGAUCAAUAAUGCCAGGCUCAAAGCUUACGGGCGCAAACUGGGGUUGUUCAUUCCUAAGAAUGGCGGUAGCAGAAGUAUGGAAGAGAAUGUAGCUUCAGGGUCGAGCGGCGACUCUGUGUUCACGCCGGGCACGGAGCGGCGGCUCGAGCGGUUGCCCGCGAUGCUUGGAGCACCCACCCACGACGUGUACCUCGGCGGCGGCUUCCCUACAAAUACGCGGCCCGAAGCAGUGUUACGUAAAGAGGGGUUCACAUAUGUAAUACCUCGUGUGAACGACUACACGCGCAUGUUCUCUGCGCCGGCGCGGAGGUCGGCGCCUGCGCACCCGGAGUCUCCCCGCCGGGACAAGAAGCCGCGCCCCUCCCCUGCCGCCACACCCACUACGCCCCCCGCACCCUCAUCACCGCUCCGCGAAACCGUCGAGCUGCGCAACAAAUCCACCUCCGACGACAUAGGGGCCCGCCUUAGUGCUUCCGACUUCUACACAGUCACAGAAGAUAAAACACCGCAGCCGUUUAAAGGUACCUACGAUGAGGACUUGUUGCUCGGGUCACGAGUGUUGGUGUUUGCUAUGAGCGCGGAGGCGCCGUGUUUCCCUGCGAUGGUAUUGGCGGCGCACUAUAUGGGUUUACGGCCUUCUGCCACCGUGUUGCUGGUGCAGCCUAUGGACCCGGCCAAGGCUACCAAUUACAGCGAAAUUGCAAUAAAGGACUACAACCGUGGACGCACUUACCUCACAGAUCUUGCAAAGCGCUCCGGCGUCCCCGUGUUCGAUAAUGUAGACUCCACUAUGGUCUAUGUAAUCAAUCGACUGCGGGCAACGCUAUAGCCUCAACACACAACCCUGUAUAUCUAAGUCAAGUUUACCAGGGUUUGGUGCAUCACAUAAAUGCCGCUUUAAAAUGUUCGAUUAUUUUAGAAAUAAAUUGAGACGGAUCGUAGUAUACUGACCACACAGAUGUUGGUAUAAUGUUACAUAUGAAAUCAGUAUUCACUGGUAGACUAGUACCUAGCCUAUCAGUUACUUAAAUGAUGAUGUUUAUACAUUUUCAGCUGUUAGGAUCUUAUUUGGUUAAAUACUCAGACAUCAAACAUUUAGUGUAAUAAAUAUACAGGUUAUCAGUGGAUACUGAGUUGACAUUUACAAUUUCCUGUAUAUAGAUAACGCAAUUUGUCUUGCUACACAUGUCUAGGCACGACACAAUCUCUCUUGAAAUGCAUAAAACUUUGAUUAUAAUUUACAAUUUUGAUAGUUUAUUUUUUCGUGUACGAUACUUGUCGGGGAUAUACUAUAAUAUCAAUAUAAAUUUAUAAUUUAGAAUAACGCACCACAUUAAUGAUUACAUCUAAUUAGGUGUUGGAUCUUAUAAAACGGUUAAGACAUUAGUUGUUUUUCGUUACACAUUUUAUGUAUUGCAAGUUAUUUUCCUAUGGUAUAGUACAUACGUCAUUUCAACUAACUAGCAAAGAAAAGCCUUGUUAAAUAACCGAUUUCUUCCGACAUUUAUGAAAAAUAAUUUGUCUAAUUUCAGGAAACUUUUUUUUAUUCCAAUGGCACACGCACAAUAUAUUAGUACUCGAGGUAACUCUAUUUAAACAGACAGCAAGUACGUGACUCAAUAUUGUUUGCUCACUAGUGUUGUUUCUGGAUAUAUAUUUGAUUCCUUAAUGUAAAUAUGAUUUAAGUGUAUGACUCUUGUGGUAUUGCGUUAUUUAUUUGGUCCUGUUUGUGGUCAGAUACUAUGCAUUUACUCGCAACUAUAAUUAAAUAAGGGCUUUGUACGAGUUCUAUAUGAAUCUCAUUCAUUUUUAAUAUAUAGUUGUUGUUGCUGUUUAAUACAUGCCUUCUUAUGAGAGUGGUCUACUAUCACAAGCUACGGUAUAAAGGCAUCACAGAUCCUUGAUGGAUUGUAAUCGAUUGUAUUGCAGCAAAGAGUCUCAUAUAACGCGUGUACUUAUUGUUUAAGACGUUUAGAUUAGUACAAAAAUGUCUCUCUUUUAUUUUCGUUACUCUCUAUUUGUAUAAUAAUUAUGUAAUUUAACAUUUAAGCACAAAUUUUAAUACAAUUAAAUAGAAUGUAUGAGCCGAGUAUGAAUGGUGAUGGUGGAAAGGAGAUCGCGACACUGAUGUAACAAAUCUCUGUGAUGAAUUUGUUUAGGAAAAUUUUAAUAUUGAGAGGAGUCAAUGCAUACUUAUUAGAUAAUAGUAAAAUAGUAAUGUUACACAGGCAGGUCCGGGUAGCAGUAUAAUAUAAUCAAAUAUUUAACAGAAUCUAACAUGACAAAUACGAAUGUCGACCAAUAAACCAAUAGUAGAUAGAAAUUAAUGAAUGCCGUGACGUCAUCAGCACGUGGAGUGGAGAUACCUAAAAAAUAUAGAAUUACAACGUUCUAUUGGUUAAUUAAUGUCUGUAGAUAAACGACAAAUACAUUACGUAAAUAUAUACCUCAACAUUUUUGAUUAGAACAUUAUAAUGUAGCAAAAGCAUAUUUGGCAUCUCUAUGUCCGACGCGUCGUGGUAUUUUCUAGGUGUAAAAAUAAAGGUAUCGCUAUUAAUUUUGAAAUGGAAUGACCACUUGUUCAUGCCCUCACGUUGUGAUUCGCCAUCGAUUUUGAUACAGUCAGCAACGUAAUUGGCAAGAGCUAUUGAAAUCUGUUUUUAUACUUAACAUAAUUAGUAAAUAGUCUUGUCAUGUUUUUGUCGAAAUUAGUAACUUAACAGUAAGAUGAACGAAUCAAUAAUGAUAAACAAUAGUAUUAUAAUUAAUUAACGUAAAAACUUUAUCAUUGAAGCUGUUUUAUUAUUGAUAUGACAAGUAAAACAUUUUUAAUUCAUUAUCAGUGUUGAAUUGCAAAUGUUGCUGGCCGUACAUUUGCGAAGUAAUCAUACCGUGUACACAUUGUGUAAAGUGCAGUGGGUCUUGUAAAGUUUCUCUCAAAUUAGAUCUUAAUUUAGAUUAUUGGCGUUGCCUUUUAUUAUUGCUAUUUAUGUAUUUAUCAUAAUGUUCUUUGGGCCACACAGAUAAUGAGUAAAACUAAUAAAAUAUCCUAACCUAUCAGUAACAUUUUGGUCUCUGUGGCACUUUUACACAUUAUAUAUAAAGCCAGUGGACUAUAGAAUCCAACGGCAGAUUGGGCAAGCAAGUACAUUAGUGUAAUAUCUCUUUAAUGUGAUAAAAAUCGGUCCAAAUACACUCGCAUACCAUUUGUAUAUAAUGUAUCUUGAUAA